AUGCCCCUCACAGAGAAUCAAGACCUCGCUGAAGAAAUUGAGGCAGUCAACGCGAUUUACGACCCCGAUACAGUAACCGUGACCGCAUCUCCUACACGCGCGACCAACACACUCGACCUAGGAAGCUCGCAUUCUACUACACAUACCACGGUGGUGACCCUGCAGAUCCCCGAACAACAGAACUUGUCAUUCAGGAUUGGGUUUGAGGCCUCUUACCCCGAAACAAGGCCUGCAGUCCUGGGCACAGCAUCAACCGGCGCGCGCGGGGAAGGCAAGAUCGCAGUCGACGUGUUAGAGGACAUUAUACAACGGACAUGGCAAAGCGGCGCAGUGUGUCUAUUCGACGUCAUCAGUGAAGCAGUAGAGGUGUUCCCAGAAUUGAACAUCGGGGGAGCCCAAGAAGAGGAACCACCAACCGAAAGUGAGCCCGUCGCAACAGCAACAGAGAGCUUUUCGACUCUAUCUCUACGGGACGCGUUUGGCCUCGACUCACCACCGGACUGGAUUCUGUCGGAGGUUAUGACAGAGAAGAAGUCCGUGUUUGUGGGGCGGGUCGCGCGAGUUGACAGUCUAGCGCAGGCGCAGGCAUUUUUAGAUCAUCUCACUGCCACGGACCGGAAGGUUGCUGCUGCGACGCAUAACAUCAGUGCAUGGCGCAUAAAACAGAAGAAGGGGGGCAGCGAUGCCGGAGAGACUAUUGUACAAGAUUAUGAUGACGAUGGAGAGACUGCCGCUGGCGGUCGACUGCUUCAUGUGAUGCAGUUGAUGGAUGUGUGGAAUGUGGUGGUGGUUGUGACGAGGUGGUUUGGAGGAAUCCACCUUGGACCAGCCCGGUUCCGACUGAUCAACGACGCUGGCCGUGAUGCUCUGGUCAAGGGAGGAUUUACGAAGAAAGAGGAAACGGCGAGCUCAGAUAAAAAGAAGAAAGGAAAGAAAUGA